AAAUACUGCCUCCUCAACUGACUACGAAACCCUCAGGAGCUUCAUAAUGCUGCUUUCUCUAUGCAUGUUUGGUUGGGAGAGGGGAAAAAAAUUGUGAAUCAUGAUUCAAACGGUGACUCGUUUGCCGAGACCAAAAAGGAAAUCAUACAUGGAGUUGUAAUUGUGAGUGUGGAGAGCUUGAUACUACUUCUGGGAGGGGUCAGGAGGUUAUUAACAUAGUUAGACUGUGGGGGCCGCUGGAAACGCAUAAAUAGCUGGAAGACACACAGUAAUCUUGCAGUCUUUCUCUGAAUGCCUGGGCACAGGUGACCUCCACUCAGCUUUUCUGCAGAAAACCUCAUCAAAACCUAACCAGCAUGGAAAAGAUGACAUGUUUGAAAGUGAACUGCUGGCUGCGGUGGCUUACCGUGACUCUGGCCCUGCUGAGUGGAGUCCCUGCAAUGCCGGUUGACGUGGACCGCGUGUGCAUGGCAACGUCCGCAGCCAAGUACAGACUGACGUUUACCAGCCAGUGGACUCAGACUGCCUUCCCCAAACACUACCCUCUGUACAGGCCGCCUGCUCAGUGGUCUCCCAUCAUUGGAGUAACUCACAGCUCAGACUAUCACAUCUGGCAAAGGAACGAGUACGCCAGUAAUGGGGUGAGAGAGUUUUCUGAGAGAGGAGAGGCUUGGACCCUGAUAAAGGAAGUGGAGGCAGCUGGGGAACGGAUCCAGAGUGUCUAUGGCCUCUUUUCAGCACCAGCUGUGGUUGGAGGAACUGGUCAGGCAACCACAGAAUUUGAAGUCUAUGCAAGACACUCCUUACUGUCCUUCAUUGUCCGCAUUGUGCCAAGUCCUGACUGGUUUGUUGGAAUAGACAGUCUAAACUUGUGCGAGGGUGAUAACUGGAUAGAAAACAUAAGCCUAGAUCUCUACCCCUACGAUGCCGGCACAGACAGUGGUUUCACCUUCUCUUCACCAAACUUUGAGACCAUUCCUCAAGACAAGAUCACUCAGAUAACCGCAUCAUUCCCAAGUCACCCUGCAAACUCCUUCUACUAUCCCAGACUGAAGCAUCUCCCCCCAAUAGCCAAAGUCUCCCUAACAAAGAUCAAGAACAACCAGAUCUUCAGCUUACCCAUUCAGCCGACCCAGUCCAAUCAGAUUCCAAGUGGGAAUGAGAUAGAUGGGUCUCUCAUAAAUACCCCUCUGGACUGUGAGGUGUCUGUCUGGUCACCUUGGGGUCUUUGCAAAGGUCAGUGUGGUGAGAAAGGGGUAAAACACAGAACCCGCUAUAUUCACAUGCAUCCUGCAAACAAUGGGGCUGCCUGCCCACCCCUAGAAGAAAAGAAGCUCUGUAUCCCUGACAACUGUGUGUGAAUAUAAAGAGGACCAACCAUCCAUACCUCAUCCACAGG